UUCUCCGAGAUGCUGGCCACAGCUGUCAAGAAUCAAUUGGUCUCUGGUGAUGGGUUCGACCCCGCCGUCAAUCAAGGGCCACUCAUUAACGAGCAGCAGUUCCAGAAAGUCGACGGGAUCGUCAGAGACGCCGUGAGCAAAGGAGCUCGUCUUGUCUCUGGCGGCGGGAUUCAUCCGACUCUGAAGGGUCGCUUCUAUCAACCGACGGUGCUCGCCAACAUCACCGAGAACAUGAAAAUCUACAGCGAAGAAAUCUUCGGACCCGUUUGCCCCCUCUACAAAUUCUACUCCGAGGACGAGGCUGUGACCAUCGCCAAUAGCACGAGACGGGGGCUGGCCAACUAUUUCUACAGCAACGAUUACGCCCAAGUGUGGCGAGUGGCCAAACGUCUCGAGUCGGGAAUGGUGGGCGUCAACGAAGGCCUCAUCUCUGCAGCUGAAGCGCCGUUCGGCGGCGUCAAAGAAUCCGGUUUCGGUCGUGAGGGAUCCCGUCACGGAGUGGACGACUACGUCCACACCAAAUACGUCUGCUUCGGUGGAUUAAACAAUUGAAUGAAUUAAAUUCCAAAAGGUUCACAUUUUUACAAAACCCAAAAUAAUAAAAAGUCUUCCUACAUUACGAAUGUGAAUUUUAAAAACAUGUUUCAAAUCAUACCGUGGUGUGUGUACGUGGGUAUACAAGUUUAUUAAUGUU